AUGGAGGAGUGUCAGGCGCAGAACGUCAAUUUGUCGGAAAAGUUCUGUCCUGCGUAUUACGAUGGACUGCUUUGCUGGGACCCGACGCCAUGGAAUACAGUUGCCGUUCAAAAGUGCUUCAGCGAGUUUCAUGGCGUCGAGUACGACGACACACAGAAUGCAUCAAGGCUGUGUAUGGAAGGCGAAUGGCGGAAUUACUCUAACUAUGCCAACUGCACGGAGCGCAUCACCAACGUGUCGCCUACGGACGUCACAAGCCUCAUAUACCUCUCUGGCUACUCUAUCAGCCUAGCUGCGCUGUCGCUAGCCGUGUUUGUGUUCCUUUAUUUCAAAGACCUGAGAUGCUUAAGGAACACGAUACACACGAAUCUUAUGACAACUUACAUUCUAUCAGCUUGUAGUUGGAUUUUAAAUUUAGCUUUACAAAACUGGUCCGAUGAGGCCCAACAAGAUCAAACAUGGUGUAUGAUACUAGUUAUAUGUAUGCACUUUUUCUACCUCACCAAUUUCUUUUGGAUGCUUGUUGAAGGCCUCUACCUAUAUAUGUUAGUUGUGGAAACUUUCUCAGCUGAAAAUAUUAAACUGAAGGUGUACGCUACUAUAGGAUGGGGUGCCCCAGCUGUUUUUCUAAUAAUAUGGGUGAUAUCGAGGAGUUUCGUCAAUGUUGUUCCAUCCGGAUUUGGAGGUGAUGGGUUGGCCAUAGCGGGAGAAACCAAGAUGUGUAUUUGGAUGCAUGAGCACCAAGUUGACUGGAUACACAAAGCUCCGACUUUAGCGGGGCUAGCGUUAAAUCUAUUUUUCUUAAUUAGAAUUAUGUGGGUUUUAAUCACAAAACUUAGAUCGGCCAAUACAUUGGAAACGGAGCAGUAUCGGAAAGCGACCAAAGCGCUACUAGUCCUGAUUCCACUGCUGGGCAUCACAAACCUACUGGUGCUCUGCGGACCGAGCGACGAGUCUUGGUUCGCACACGCCUUUGACUAUCUUAGAGCUGUUAUGUUGUCUACACAGGGAUUCACAGUAGCGUUGUUUUACUGUUUUAUGAACACUGAGGUGCGUCACGCUAUCAGGUAUCACGUGCAGAGGUGGAAGACUGGAAGGACUAUCGGAAGAGGAAGACGAAGAGGAGCCUCUUACUCCAAGGACUGGUCGCCUAGAUCUAGAACUGAGAGCAUACGACUCACGGUAUGA